CCCGGAAGCGGACGGGGGGCGGGGGCGGAGGCGCCUCGGGCCGGCCAGGGUUGCGGCGCAGUCCUUUGCUGCUCCCGUGGCCCGCGGCGCGGCAGCCAUGCAGCCCCCGCCCCCGGGCCCGCUGGGCGACUGCCUGCGGGACUGGGAAGAUCUGCAGCAGGACUUCCAGAGCAUCCAGGAGACCCACCGGCUCUACCGCCUGAAGCUGGAAGAGCUGACCAAGUUGCAGACCAACUGUACCAGCUCCAUUGCUCGGCAGAAGAAGCGGCUCCAGGAACUGGCCCUCGUCCUGAAGAAAUGCAAAACCUCCCUCCCGUCAGAGGCCAUGGAGGCCGCGCUGGAGCUGGAGAACCAGAUGAAGGAGCGCCAAGGCCUCUUCUUCGACAUGGAGGCCUAUUUGCCCAAGAAGAAUGGGUUGUACCUGAGCCUGGUUCUGGGGAAUGUCAACGUGACACUCUUGAGCAAGCAGGCCAAGUUCGCCUACAAAGACGAGUACGAGAAGUUCAAGCUCUACCUCACCAUCAUCCUCAUCCUCGUCUCCUUCACCUGCCGUUUCCUACUUAACUCCAGGGUGACAGAUGCGGCCUUCAACUUCCUGCUGGUCUGGUACUACUGCACGCUCACCAUCCGCGAGAGCAUCCUCAUCAACAAUGGCUCCCGGAUCAAAGGCUGGUGGGUGAUCCAUCACUACGUGUCCACGUUCCUGUCGGGAGUCAUGCUGACGUGGCCUGAUGGUCUCAUGUACCAGAAGUUCCGGAACCAGUUCCUGUCCUUCUCCAUGUACCAGAGCUUCGUGCAGUUCCUGCAGUACUACUACCAGAGCGGCUGCCUCUACCGCCUGCGGGCCCUGGGCGAGCGGCACACCAUGGACCUCACCGUGGAGGGCUUCCAGUCCUGGAUGUGGCGGGGCCUCACCUUCCUGCUGCCUUUUCUUUUCUUUGGACAUUUCUGGCAGCUCUUUAACGCGCUGACCUUGUUUAACCUGGCUCGAGACCCGCAGUGCAAGGAGUGGCAGGUGCUCAUGUGCGGCCUCCCCUUCCUCCUGCUGUUCCUGGGCAACUUCUUCACCACCCUGCGGGUCGUGCACCAGAAGUUCCACAGCCAGCCGCGCGGGAGCAAGAAGGACUGAGCUGGGCCUCACCUGCCGGCCCCAAAGGGGCCUCCGACCCGUGUGUGGCGGCAGGAUGGGAGGCACCCUGUGCGUGUGGGGCACCUUCUGUCCUCCCUGGGCUUCUGGGCUCUGUGGGCCCUGAGAACGAUCUGGACCCCACCUAUAGGCUGCAGGAGCCUGGUGCCGGGGCCUCGACGGGAGGAGAGGCAGAGGCGGCCUGGCGGCGUUUCUCCUGAGGGGAGGCUGGGCUCCUGCUGUACCUGGAGUCUGUGUGAAGCAGAUCCGGGGACACCCCGGUCUGCUCAAGCAAUUCCAGGCAAAUACAGAAAACAGAACUUUA